AUGACCCUCCUCGCCGACACAAUCCACUUCAAGAUGCCGCGAAACGGCGCCAAAGCUGUCAGGGCGGCGCGCAUCAUCCGCUCCAUCAAGAGCAGAUACAGGACACAGGCUUUCUUGUUCCUCGCUUACCACUUCUUCCUCACCUCGCCCAUGCACCUCGACAUCUUCAUUAUGUUCUUCAUCCUCGUCAGCAACUUCAUGAACCGGCACCAGGCCUUCCCGAGUCACUUGCUGGUCGAAGGAGCGAGAUUUCUCUUGGAUGAGAGGAGGUUCCUUAUGCAUUGA